AUGCGACUACGAGCCAGGUUGACCCCGGUCGUACUGGAUGUACUGGAUACCGUUGUACUGGAUAAAGACCAUUACUACGCUAAAAUGCAGAGGAUUCUCGAUGAUGCUUCCCAUUUCAUCACGCUGCCGAAUGAUCCUACCCAGAAAUCUGAACGCCGUCUUGUCGAUCACCUCCGUGACCUCAAGAAAAAGGAACGCCUCGAUGAAGUGACGUAUCUACGCCUGUUCUCGUCGGAUGGCUUAACACCCAGACUCUACGGCCUCCCCAAAAUUCACAAGACUGAUUGCCCCUUACGACCCAUCGUUUCUUUUAUUGGAUCCCCAACAUACAACCUGUCGAAACAUCUUGUGGAUUUAAUCACCCCAGUCACCGGACGGAAUGGUCUGACACUGUCUAACUCCAAGGAGUUCGUUCGUUUGAUUCGAGAUCAAGUCGUCGAUGACAACGACAUCAUGGUCUCUUUUGAUGUUGUCUCCCUUUUCACUAACGUACCCACAGCGUUAGCAGUGAAAGUGGCUGAAGCACGACUACGUGACGACAGCACCCUUCCCACACGUACGUCUCUCACAGUGGAGGACAUUAUCAUCCUGCUACGCUUCUGUCUGAACCAAUCCCAUUUUUCGUUCCGGGGGCAGGUCUACCAUCAGAUUGAAGGUUGUCCGAUGGGCAGCUCGGUGUCCGUGACAAUGGCUAAUCUCGUCAUGGAAUAUGUUGAAGAAUCUGCCUUCCAACGAUUUACCCACAACAUCAAGUUCUACCGACGGUAUGUCGACGACACUUUCGUGAUUCUAAAUCGCAACCUCCUAGACGAAUUCCAUUCGACCCUGAACAGCAUUGAACCGUCCAUUCAGUUCACUUGCGAAUUUGAACAGGAGAACCGGCUCCCCUUCCUGGACGUGUCCGUACACAGGCUCACCACCGGCCUGAUUCAAACUUCCGUCUACCGCAAGCCCUGUGAUACCGGUAAUUUCCUAAAUUUCGAAUCCUACCAUCCGAUUGAACACAAACGCAGUGUAGUGAGAACCCUGCUUCAACGCUGUGAAGAUUUCGCCUCUUGCCCGGAACAACGUACGUCCGAGGAGAUGAUAAUCAAGGAGUCACUCAUGAAACGAGGAUACCCGCUACGUUUCUUUGAGAACACACGAAAACGCAUGCAAGAACCCAGGACCCGAAGGAAAGAUGAUUUCCGACACGGCAUCGUCACCAUCCCAUACGUCAAAGGUGUAUCAGAAUCCAUUCGGCGAGCCCUCCUCCCGUUAAAAAUCGAGACUGCAUUCAAGCCCUGCCUGAAACUUCGUUCACUGAUUUCUAAGCCAAAAGACCAUAUUCCCCCUGAGUCCCAGACGGGUGUUGUGUAUAAAGUACAGUGUCUCGGUUGCGAGGUGUCCUACAUUGGAGAGACGGGCCGCAAGCGCAGUACAAGACUAAAAGAGCACGAACGAGAUGUCCGCAACUCAACAAACGCAACGCGAUCUAAGACAGAGCUCACCGAGCAUUGUUGGAACACAGACCACUCUUUUGACUACGCGAAUGCUCUGACCUUAGCCAAGGAACAAAGGUGGGGCCCCAGGAACUGCUUGAGUCAUGGCACCUGCGAGGAGAACCUUCAGUGUGUAAUACCAAUCGCGGCCCCCUCCCCGAAGUGUUCGCCGACCUGGUUAAGUGCGAACAUAAUUCGAGAUGAAUCGUCGGAUGCCUGGCCAGAAGAAACGACUGGUGACGCGGUCGUACGUCCGGGCAAAUCCAAAAUGUCCGGCACUGGGGUCAUCAUGAAAGUGCUCCACGAGCGGUUUCUGCAGGUGGCGGGGAAUAACUGA